UCAUUUCCCCUCUUUUUUCUCUGUCUCUUAUUCGACUCUCUUUUUUCUCUCUAUCUUCUUCGUCUCUCUUUUUUCUCUCUGUCUUCUUCGUCUGUGCAAAUUGAUUGGACAUCAACAAUGUCUGCUGAGCCUGAGAACCUGAAUGACAACCGGCGGAGGCGAAUCAUCGUUGAUGAGGAUUUUGACGCCGACGCCGUCAUCUUCAACCAUAUUACAGGAAUAUUGAGAGCUCUUCAGCAGAUGAAGGAGAAGGCUGCGCUGGAUGGCCAGAAGAACGAGGCCACCAUUACCAGUCUGACCUCCGAAAUGAAAGAACGGUUUGAUGCGCUGAAAUCGAAGCUGGAGAAAGAAAUGGAGAGCUUUGCCAAGGGGAUGCUAAGGAGCUCGAAAGAGAAGGUGAAGUACAUGCUAUCUGAACAUGAGAAAGCUACUGCUGAAAAGAUAGCUCAAUUGGAGGAAUCCCUCAAGAAGAAUAAACAGGAUGACAAACUCAGCAUUUUGAAGAAGAGUCUUGAUUCUUUCCUCGGAAAUGCUUUAGAUGAGGGCUUUCCCCUUGACGACAAUGACGAG